GGUACGGCCCACAACGGCCAGUGGGCGGGGCCUGGCAGUGCCGCGGCCGGAUGACGCCAUCAGCCGGCGCCGGGGUGCCGGAGACAUGGCGGCCGAGGCGGAGGGAUGGCGGCGGCUGCUGCGGGCAGUGACCCGCAUGCAGGCCUGUGUCAGGGGUUACCUGGUGCGGAAGCGGUUCCAGAGCCUGCGGGCAGCGUACGAGGAGGUGGUUUUGGAGAUCGAAGGAGACCUGAGCCAGCUGCAGUGGAGGGGACGGCUCCUGCCCCGGCCUGUCUUCAUCCCCGAGGAGCCAGCACAAGGGAAAUGUUCAGGUCCAUGUGAGGCUGCACCAGGUGACAAAGCCAGCAUAGAAACACCGCAGAAGGAGCUGGAUGCUUCUGAGCCAGAACAGGACCAGGGCUGCAGCAGCAUGAAUCCUACAGCCCAGGUGCUGAGUGAGAAGGGGCUGAGCCCCACGGGUGCAGGAGAUGCAGUGACCCCCCUGAAUCUGGAAGCUGAUGAACACCCUGGAAAGGGAGGCAGUGCCCCAGCUGGGAGCAAGGACUGCCAGAACAACAGCAACGUGUCCCCUGGCCUGGAGGCAGAGUCCCUUGGAGCCUGCCUGGAAAUUCCACUUGUGGACAUAAAGGAACUUCCUCGGACUCGCUCUGGUCUCCAGUCCUACCGAAACCACUUGGUCAUGGAGCUGCUGUGGUUGGAACAAGCUAUUGUCAGCCGUAAAAAUUUCUUGACAUUGAAGCAGAAGCUGGGGACUCCUGGAGGAGAGCACUCCUGAGCAUAAGGGGCACUUGUAUUGGUGUGGAGAGGAGCU